AUGAACAGUGUCCUUCGCUCUCUAAUAAUAACAUCUCUUGUAACUUCCUUUCUGGCAGUGCUGGCAGUUCUUACACAGGCCCCGGUACGAAUCUUAGGAAUUGAAGGACAGCCCGUGUUCUUGAAAGCCAAAGUCCCUCCUGGCUUCCAUGUCAGGGAUACCAUCUGGAGGUUCCUGACACCCACGGAAGAGCUGGUGGCCAUGUCCUUCAAGGGAGCCCCAGAGAUCCAGUACCAGUCCCGUUUCUAUGGGAGGAACCAACUUCACACUAAUUUCACUUUGGAGAUCAGUCCAGCGGCCCUGGGAGACAGCGGGAUCUUCUCGGCACUGCUGGUGAACACGACGGGGGAGACUGAGAAGCAGAUCUUCCAUCUGGAGAUCUACGAUGUGAUUUCCACACCAACCAUCCGAGUGUUCAGCGAGGAGAGCAACCCAAACAGGCAAAUGGGAUCCUGCGAAUUCUUCCUGGCCUGUGCAGCGUCUAGGGGGACCAAUACUACCUACAGCUGGGCAGGACCGAGGGGCAAGGCACUGACUGUGGAAAAACACUCUGCUUUUGAGAAUGGCCAGGUACUGAGGGCAAAACUGGACCCCUCAGAGGAGAUUCCAGCAAGCUACACCUGCACUGUUGCCAAUGCAGUCAGCACUAGAUCUGUUACUAUCAACAUUCAGGAGCCAUGCCAGAAACAAUCAGGUGCUGAAGACAUGGCAUAUGAUUAUAGGGACAUCCUCCUCAUCGUAGUGCCCCUCACGUGUUUACUCCUGUCUGUGGCAGCCAUCUUGAUCAUACGCUCUAAACAUCACUCAGGAAAACAAAUGUCAUAUACAGUUGCAGCAAAUGAGCCAUUUCCUGCUUAGCUGGUUCUUCUGCGAGCAGAGAGCUGCCCUCUCCACAGAAUUGUCCUCGUGCUUGCCGUGGGAGAAACUGACAACAUUUAGACUUUGUUUUGGGAAGAAAUGCCUCAUUCACUUGGCUGGGAGUUUUGG